GGGGAGACAGUCAGCAUUUGAAUGUGAACUUGUUUUCUGUCAGUGUGUGUUCUGCAAGACCUGUCCUUCCUUCGGCACAGGCAGCUAGCGGGGGAGGCUUGCGGUGCAUGUGUUUGUGCAUGGUGGACUGUGUGUGUGCGAGUGAGUGUGUGCCAUGCUACAGUAGUAGUAAUGGAUUCUCAGCACAGGACAGCGUUAGACAUCUCCACCAGGAAUCCUCAGGAAGACUUUGAGAUCUUACUGCGAGUUGGAGGAGGGACAUAUGGAGAAGUCUACAAGGCUCGACACAAGCAGAGUGGGGAGCUGGCAGCCAUUAAGCUCAUUAAGAUGGAGCCAGAGGAUGACUUCUCAGUGAUCCAGCAGGAGAUCAUAAUAGUGAAGAGCUGCCAGCACCGCAACAUAGUGGCCUACUACGGCAGCUAUAUAAGGGCCAACAAGUUGUGGAUCUGUAUGGAGUAUUGUGGAGGAGGCUCCCUCCAAGACAUCUACAAUGUGAGCGGCCCCCUGUCGGAGCUGCAGAUAGCCUUCAUCUGCAGGGAGAUGCUGCAGGGUCUGGACUACCUCCACGACCAGAAGAAGAUCCACAGGGACAUCAAGGGAGCCAACAUCCUCCUCAACGACCAGGGGGAGGUGAAGCUGGCUGACUUUGGGAUCUCAGCUCAGAUCACAGCCACUCUGGCUCGCCGCAUGUCCUUCAUAGGAACACCCUACUGGAUGGCACCAGAGGUGGCGGCGGUGGAGAUCAAGGGGGGGUACAACGAGCUGUGUGACAUCUGGUCUGUGGGGAUCACAGCCAUCGAACUAGCCGAGCUGCAGCCCCCUCUGUUUGACGUGCAUCCUCUGAGGGUGCUGUUCCUGAUGUCCAAGAGUGGAUACCAGCCUCCUAAACUAAAGGACAAGGCCAAAUGGUCCUCCUUGUUUUAUAACUUUGUGAAAUCCAUGCUGGUCAGAAACCCCAAGAAAAGGCCUGCAGCGUCCAAGAUGCUUACACACAUGUUUUUGACUCAGCACUGCCUGAGACACGAUCUGACCCUUGACCUCCUGGAGAAGCUAAGGAACCCUGAGAAGCUCAAGCCCUGUCUGGCAGAGGAGGACGAGAUAGAGGUGGUGGUUCCUGGGUCCAUGAGAAGAAUCCACUCCAUCAACAGACACAACCAGGCUGAGAGGACCAACUCUGAUAUCAGCAUGGGACAGAUCUACACCCAGAGGCCAGUGAACAGAAAGACAGACUCACCAGAGGCUACGGUACUGCCAUCUGUGCGAUCCACUGUUAGUGAAAGGAGUCCAAUCAGACAUGGACAGAUGGAUUCAGAUGAUGACUAUGAUGACGUUGACGUCCCCACGAUACAGAACUGCAGACGGACGAUGCCGACAGAUGACGUUCCUCCCCCUCUCCCUCCCAAGCCCAAGACCCGCACCAGUUCGGAGGAGAGCGUGACGGGGGAGGAGGAUAAGGGGCGGCCCUCUCUCCAGGCCCCGCCCCCCCUCACUCGGACCUCCAGCGCGCCCCGCCCCACGCCCCGCCCCAGGUCCAAACGCAACGUCAAGUCUGACCCACCAGGGGUUCCAGUGGGCCUGGUGAACACCCCCCCAGACCUGGCCCCCCCUGACCCGACCCCCCCUGAGCUGCCCCCUAAGGACCCCCGCAGGAGGCUGCAUCUUCAGGAGCCUGUUGAAUGCGCCAGUCCUGUCAUAAAGAAACCUCCGGUGUACUUUAAGAAAGUGUUUCAUGGCUGUCCUCUCAGAGUCCACUGCUCGACCACGUGGGAAAACCCAACAACCAGAGAUCCUCACCUGAUCCUGGGAGCAGACGAAGGCAUCUACACCCUCAAUCUGAACUGCUCCGAGGCCACCAUGGAGCUGCUAUACCCAGGGAAGUGUACCUGGGUCUACACCAUCAGUAACGUCCUGAUGUCAGUGUCUGGUAAAUCCUCUCAGCUGCACUCCCAUGUGUUGAAGGAACUGUAUGAACAGGCACGGAAAGAGCAGCGGAUGGUUUCCCUGCCAACGCAUCGCUUGUUACCCAGGAAGUACGCUGUGACCUGUAAGAUACCAGACACCAAGGGCUGCCAAACCUGCACCGUAGCCAGUAACACACUGCCCAGUUGUGUGUUCCUGUGUUGUGCUCUGGAGUCCAGUGUGGUUCUACUACAGUGGUACGAGCCCAUGCACAAGUUCAUGCUGGUCAAGCACUUUGACUUCCCCCUGCCCUCCCCCCUGCGGGUGUUUGAGAUGGUGGUGGCCCCGCAGCAGGAGUACCCCCUGGUGUGUAUCGGGGUGUCUCGGGGCUCGGGGCCCAGCCGGCCCGACCGGCCGGUCCAGAUGGACCACAUCAACCUGAACUCCAACACCUCCUGGUUCACCAGCACUGGCCUGGAGAGCCGCAGUUCAAGUACAAUCCAAGUGACCCAGCUGGACAGCCACACCCUGCUAGUCCGUAUUGACAAGUCAGUUCACACAGUCAACCUGGAGGGGGCGACGCGGAGCCACAGGGCUUUGCCUGCUGAGACCAGCUUCACAUGUGAUGUAGAACGAAUAGUCUAUGUGGAGGACAGUCUCCUGGGUGUAUGGCGUCACGGUUGGCAGCGGAGGGGGGAGGGGUCACAGGCCUUACAGGAGCUCAGAGACCUCAAGAAGACCUUCCGUCUGGUAGACUCUGACAGGAUCGUUGUCCUGGAAACACGACAGACGGAGGACCAAUCAGGGCUCUGCAACCUGUACACUCUGGAGAUUGCUCAGGACUACGUCCUCAUUCCCUGACCCCAGGGCCUCAUGGGAAAUGUAGUGUGGACACUGAAAUCAGACAAGUUUGUCAUGAAAGGCUCUGGUCUAUAUGGACUUUUGCGGGUAAUUUAGACAAUAUGAGAGUUUUAUACUUCCAAAUGUGUGUUUUGAGGGAGAGAGGGAAACCUUGAUUGGUUGUGAGAAUGCCCUUUGACCUCUACUUCCUGUUAAGGUCAACCUUGCUGACCUGAUUGUCCCUUACAGGCAGGUUCAUGCAGGAUUCACUCUUUAGAGCUACAGCCAGCCUAGCCUCUCUCUUACACACAUGCACAAACACACACACCUGUAUUUACAUAUAAAAGCACUAUUAAUUAUUUGUAAUGACGUUUUAAAAAAAAUUAUGAAUUAAGAACAUUCUAAUAAAAUAGGGGUAUCAGACUGAA